UGCAGGCUACAGUCACUAUGGGAGAGUUCCUGCACUUCACUCUGCUUUUCUGUCUGAACUGGGGCGCUUUGGCUCUCGCUCCAACCAGACCUGCUGAUAAAACUACAGUCAGACCCACCGUGGGCUCAGAUGCCAGUUUUACUCCGAGUGAGGAGCUUUUUUCUGCAGGGAGAAUCAAUGCCACUGAGCGCCCCACCGCAGGAUUCACAGCCAGUGAUCGUCAGUCAACAACAGAAACCACCACCACCACCACCACUACUACUGAGAAACUACCUGAGAAAACACUGUCAGGAAAAGAAGAGGAGGAAGAGGAAGGGCCAAUAGAAUUAGCGAGCAGAUCCACCAGGAGUGUUAAGGUAGGAAAGAAGCCCAGAACGGCGCUGAAGAAGCCCAAGGUCAUCGUCAAGAAGCCAAAGGUCACUAAGAAAGUGCGAGCCAAGGUCAAAAAAAUUGUUCACAUGAUGAAUAAAGCCUUUCUGACCGCUCCAGAAUGCCCCCCGCUGGGUCUGGAGUCACUGAAGGUCAAGGACGACCAGCUGAGAGCUUCAUCCUUCAAACGGAGAGGCCUGGGCCCCCACCGCGGCCGCCUCAACAUCCAGUCUGGGACUGAGGACGGAGACAUCUACGACGGCGCCUGGUGCGCUCAGUACCGAGAUAAGAAGCAGUGGCUGGAGGUGGACGCCCGGCAGCCGACCCGCUUCACCGGGGUCAUCCUGCAGGGCCGCAACUCCAUCUGGAGCUGGGAUGUGGUCUACAGCUACAAAGUGCAGUUCAGUAACGACACGCUGGUCUGGAAGCCGUGCAUGAACGGGACUGAAGAAGCCGUGUUUGAAGGAAACAAGGAUGCAGAGACACCCGUCCUCGCCCUGUUCAACACUUCCACGGUGGCGCGUUACAUCCGCAUCAACCCACAGUCGUGGUAUGAAAAUGGGACGCAGGGCAGCAUCUGCCUGAGGGCGGAGGUGUUGGGAUGUGCUCUCCCGGAUCCUAAUAACAUCUACGCAUGGCAGACGGAACCAGAGGGGUCUAAAGACAAGCUGGACUUCAGACACCACAACUACAAAGAGAUGAGAAAGCUGAUGAAGUCUGUGAACGAUGCCUGUCCCGACAUCACCCGCAUCUACAGCAUCGGGAAGAGCUACACCGGCCUCAAACUCUACGUCAUGGAGAUCUCGGACAACCCAGGGAAGCACGAACUCGGAGAACCGGAGUUCCGCUACGUUGCAGGGAUGCACGGAAACGAGGUGCUGGGCAGGGAGCUGCUGCUCAACCUGAUGCAGUACAUGUGCGAAGAGUACAAACGAGGGGACCAGCGAGUAGUCCGGCUGGUGAAAGACACUCGCAUCCACCUCCUGCCCUCCAUGAACCCUGAUGGAUACGAGCUGGCCUUUAAGAAGGGCUCGGAGCUGUCGGGCUGGGCCCUGGGCCGCUACAGCUACGAGGGGAUCGACAUGAAUUCCAACUUCGCUGACCUCAACUCGGGGAUGUGGACCGCCAUCGAGCUGGAGACGGACCAGUCCAAGUUGAUCAACCACUACUUCCCCAUCCCAGAGUACUACACCUCCGAGGAGGCCUUUGUGGCCUCAGAGACCCGGGCGGUCAUCAGCUGGAUGCAGAACAUCCCCUUCGUCCUCAGCGCCAACCUCCACGGCGGCGAGCUGGUGGUCACCUACCCGUACGACAUGACCCGCGACUGGGCGCCCCGGGAACACACCCCCACCGCCGACGAGAGCUUCUUCCGCUGGCUGGCCACCGCCUACGCCAGCACCAACCGGGUGAUGUCCAACCCGGACCGCCGGCCGUGCCACAACAAGGACUUCCUCAGAUAUAACAACAUCAUCAACGGAGCCGAUUGGCACAACGUACCAGGAAGUAUGAAUGACUUCAGCUACCUGCACACCAACUGCUUCGAGGUGACGGUGGAGCUGUCCUGCGAUAAGUUUCCUCACGCCAGCGAGCUUCCCAUUGAGUGGGAGAACAACAGGGAGUCUCUGCUCAUCUACAUGGAGCAGGUCCACCGCGGGAUUAAAGGUGUAGUUCGGGACAAAGACACAGGCGCCGGGAUCAUGGACGCCAUCAUUAAAAUUGAAGACCUUGAUCACCACAUUAGAUCAGCCUCUGACGGCGACUACUGGCGUCUGCUGAACCCGGGCGAGUACCGGGUCACGGCCACGGCCGAGGGAUACCUCUCCUCCUCCCGCACCUGUCAGGUGAUGUACGAUUACUACCCCACCAUCUGCGACUUCCACCUCACCAAGAUGCCGCUGCAGAGGCUGAAGGACAUCCUGGCGAAGGGCGGGAAGAUCCCGAAGGACCUGCAGCUACGCCUGCGGCAGCUCCGCAUGCGGAAGCUCCGCGCCACCACCAAGGCCAUCAACCAGAGGCGGGCCGCCGCCAGCAAGCGGGCGAGGAGGGCGUGAAGAGGAGGAGAGUGACUGGGAACAAAGCAGGACUUGGUUCAGAGACGCCCGGAUUCACCGGAUUCAUGCCUGAUCAUC